GAAAGAAAACACCCAAAGGAGAAAACUAACAACCAGCCUUUCAAAAUUUCCCGCCAAAAAAAUGAGAAUUGCAGAGAUUUCCUCGCCGGAGCUCCGGCAACUCCACCGUGACACAGAGACUAACAACCAUAGCCUUUCCCAACUCGAAGCAAUUGUCAAGCAACUCGAAACCCGCACCGCCAACAUACCCCCGCCGGAGUCUGCCGCCUCCGAUCUCCGGCAAUGCCUCACUCAGCUGAGUCAACUCGCUCCGUUUCCGAACUCAUCGAAACUCCACAUCUGGAAGCUCAGCUACCGCCUCUGGAACGCCUGCGUCGACAUCUCAAACACCACCGCCAUCCGCUCCUCCUCCUCCUCCGCCGCCGUCACCGCCGCCGAUAGAAACCACGCGGAACUCCGGCACAUCGCCGCCGACCUCCUAUCAAUCGCCGGCGACGUCGCCGGCGUCCCCUCUCCGGCAAUUAAAUCGGCGUCGUUCUACCACAAGACCGGCCUGAUAUGGCACAACCUCGGAAAAUUCGAUCUCGCCGCGAAAUGCUUCGAGCGCGCCACAGAUCUGGUCUCGAAGCUCGAAAUCAAUUCAAUCACCGACGCCGGAGAGAGAAAACUGUUGCUGGAUCUGAACCUCGCUCGGUCCCGAACCGCGUGGGAGGUUCGGGACCCGAACCUGGCGGUGGCGCUUCUGAACCGAAGCAAGAGCUUCCUCUUCGGCUCGUGCGAGCAUCACGCGGAGCUCGCGAAGCAGUUCAUGGCGUUCGGCAAACGCGCGUUGUCGAAGAUCAGCGAGGACGCCCAUCGCGAUUCGAACGAAGCGCUUAAGCUGAUGAACGAGGCGCUAGAGAGCUGCGAGAAAGGAUUCGGUGUGGCGCGGACACGGGAAGAGAAGGUGGAGAUCCGCGCGUUGAGGUGGAAGUCGCUGAGGUUCAUCGCGGCAAUUCAUUUGCAGAAGGAGGAGUUCGAGAGUGUGAUUAAGUGUGUGAAGGUUCUGAGGGAUUGCGCUGAGGGCGGUGACGAGCAUCCGAGUCUUUCGGUGUUGGCGAUGAAGGCUUGGUUAGGGUUGGGGAGGCACGGGGAGGCGGAGAGGGAGCUCAGGGGGAUGGUGAUUGAUAGAGGGAUUCCGGAGGGGGUUUGGGUGUCCGCGGUGGAGGCGUAUUUUGCGGCGGCAGGGACGGCAGGGGCGGAGACGGCCAAGGGAGUGUUCUUGGGGCUGUUGGGAAGGUGCCAUGUUAGUGCUGGCGCGGCGGUGAGGGUGGCGCACCGGGUGGUUGGGGGUGUCGGGGAAGGAGGGAGAGUGAGGGCUAAGGUGGUUGCUGAGCUGGUAUCUGAUGAGAGGGUGGUGGCCCUCUUUGCAGGACAGGAAGCUGCUAAGGAUAGGGUGGCAAUGCAUGCUAUUCUGUGGAAUUGCGGUGCUGAUAACUUUCAAUCAAAAGAUUACGAGACCAGUGCGGAACUCUUUGAAAAAUCAAUGCUAUAUAUUUCAUAUGAUGCAGAGAACAGAAUACUUCGAGCCAAGGGCUACAGAGUUUUGUGUCUCUGCCACCUUGGUCUCCUGCAGCUGGAUCGCGCUCAAGAAUACAUCAACGAGGCUGAAAAGCUUGAGCCUAACAUUGUCUGUGCUUUUCUUAAGUUCAAAAUUUAUCUCCAAAAGAAUGACCACCAAGGUGCUAUUAAUCAAAUUGAAGCGAUGACAACUUGCCUUGACUUUCAACCAGAUUUUCUCUCACUUUCAGCACAUGAAGCUGUUGCUUGCCAUGCUCUACCUGUUGCUGUUGCUUCUCUAUCAAGUAUGCUAAACUUCUAUACUUCAGGAAAGUCUAUGCCCACAGCAGAAGUAACAGUUAUGCGCACCUUGCUGACGGUCCUCUCUCAAGAACCGGGUAAUGAAAAGCCAGUCCUCAAAUUCUUAAUACAUGCCCAUACACGAGCAUCGGAGAUGGGUCCUGAUUGCUUCUUUGGAAAAGAGGAGGUUGGAAGACGGGAACGGAAUUGGUUUGCUGUGACUUCAUGGAACUUUGGUACAAAAACAGGUCAGGAUAAGAACUAUGAAUUAUCAGCUGAGUUCUUAAGACUGGCAUCAGAUUUUUAUGCUCUAGUUGAGGGGUCUGAUAAUGAGAACAAUGUCAUGGUUUGUAAAUCGUUAGUUCUUUCGGUAUCAUCAAUGAUAGCUUUAGAAUUUCAAAGGAAGACUUCUAUGUCAGAAGCUGAAGUCAAGCAAGCUCUACACUUGCUAGAUAGAGCAGGACAGAUGCUAAAAUCAAUUUUGGCCAGGAAAUCUGCUAACGGUGACCAAAUAAAUACCAUCGAGCCAGAACUGUUUUUCAUACACACUUUCUGUGCUUGUGAUAUACAAGGCAGGCUGAAUGAUAUGGGAUCGCAACUUCUCCAUGUGAGAAAUUUUGCCAGUUCAAAGGCUUGCAAACCCCACCACCUCCUUCAAAUAGGUCUCUCUGCCUCACAGGGUCCCCGGUUGAAUCACGAAGUAGCCUCCUUCGCUUUAAAUGAAUGUCUCUCAUCUUUCCUUUCAUCACCAGUUCCAGAUUACCAAAAUGUUGCUAUUGUGAUGCGCAAACUCAUAUCCAUUACUAGCGUUUACAAGGGUGAUGCAGAUGAUGAUCUUGUGUAUAGCAUGUACAAACAAGCCUAUAGGAUAAUGGUUGGUUUGAAGGAAGAAGAGUAUCCAAUUGAAGAAGGAAAGUGGCUUGCCAUGACUGCAUGGAACCGAGCAGCAGUGCCAGUGAGGCUGGGUCAGAUUGAAGCAGGGAAGAAAUGGAUGACUGUCGGCUUAGACAUUGCAAAACAUGUUCCAGGCAUGGAAGCUUACAAAGCCUGCAUGGAAGAAGUCCUUGGCAAUUUUAAGAAAGAACCUUGAUAUGCAUGAAUCUCAAAUCCGGUUUCUAAAUGUUCAAAAUCCAUACAUGUACAGAAAAGAAGUUCAGAAAAGUGUAGAUUGUAGGUAACAUCUGGAGUUGAAUUUUGCAUUGGUAAUGAUUCUGUAAGGUUUAUAAGAGCAGGUUUUAACCACAUCUAUCGUAUUUGGGGUUUUCUUUUUCGCGUUUUCCAUAGUAUUGAAUGUAGAUGUGUGUAUAUGUAAAUGUAUACGUAUA